AACGGAGAUGGCAGACAGGCCAAUAAGCAGGUCCAAAUACACGUGGUAAUUGCCUAUUGGAUAAGAUACCGUGGCAAGGCAACCCUUCUCAAUUAAUGCUGCGACAAAAUAAAAAUCGAGAAAAUGUAAACAGAGUUUUUCUUCUUCAAUUUUUCGUGCUAUAAAUACCUGAUCUCUUUCAGUUGCAACCCAUCACGGGGGAUUCUCUUUGAAAAAUCCGAAACAUUUUCUAAGGUAACUUUACUCGAACUAAAUCUAUUCGGACCCCUUAUUUGACUUUCGAUCUUCUCAGAUCUGCUCCCGAAUCCUCACUUUCUGAAUAGUCAAUAUGGGAGGAGGGUUCAGAGUGCUGCAUUUGGUUAGACCAUUCCUUUCAUUUCUGCCUGAGGUUCAAAGUGCUGACAGGAAAAUUCCUUUUAGAGAGAAGGUCAUCUACACUGUCAUCUCCCUCUUCAUCUUUCUGGUGUGCAGUCAGCUUCCACUUUAUGGAAUACAUUCUACGACGGGUGCUGAUCCAUUCUAUUGGAUGCGUGUUAUCCUUGCAUCCAACCGUGGAACUGUUAUGGAACUUGGGAUUACCCCCAUUGUGACAUCUGGAUUAGUGAUGCAACUUCUGGCUGGUUCAAAGAUCAUUGAGGUGGACAACAGUGUUCGUGAGGAUCGUGCACUCUUAAAUGGGGCUCAAAAGUUGUUGGGCAUCCUGAUUGCUGUGGGUGAGGCAGUGGCAUAUGUACUGUCUGGUAUGUAUGGCAGUGUCAGUCAGCUUGGUGUUGGUAAUGCCAUUCUUAUUAUUAUUCAACUUUGCUUUGCUGGAAUCAUUGUGAUCUGCCUGGAUGAACUUCUCCAGAAGGGAUAUGGUUUGGGCUCUGGGAUCUCCCUUUUCAUAGCCACCAAUAUCUGUGAAAACAUAAUCUGGAAAGCAUUUAGCCCUACAACUAUCAAUAGUGGUCGGGGUGCUGAAUUUGAAGGUGCCGUCAUUGCUAUGUUCCAUCUAAUGAUAACUAGGACGGACAAAGUUCGAGCACUUCGCGAGGCUUUCUAUCGGCAGAAUCUUCCAAAUGUUACAAACUUACUUGCUACAGUAUUGAUCUUCCUUAUUGUCAUCUACUUCCAAGGUUUUCGGGUUGUUUUGCCUGUAAGAUCAAAGAAUGCACGUGGACAACAAGGUUCAUAUCCCAUUAAGCUAUUCUACACCUCCAACAUGCCUAUCAUCCUGCAAUCAGCACUUGUUUCAAAUCUUUAUUUCAUCUCCCAGUUGCUGUACAGGAGGUACAGUGGUAAUUUCUUUGUAAAUCUGUUGGGCAAGUGGAAGGAGUCUGAAUAUUCAGGUGGUCAGUUUAUCCCUGUUGGUGGUCUAGCAUACUAUGUUACUCCACCUGCAAGCUUGGCAGACAUGGCAGCAAAUCCCUUCCAUGCUCUGUUUUAUCUGGUGUUCAUGCUUUCAGCCUGUGCCUUGUUUUCAAAAACUUGGAUUGAAGUUUCUGGUUCUUCUGCCAAGGAUGUGGCUAAGCAGCUCAAGGAACAACAAAUGGUGAUGCCUGGGCAUAGAGAUUCAAAUCUGCAGAAAGAACUGAACCGCUACAUACCAACUGCUGCUGCAUUUGGUGGAAUGUGCAUCGGUGCAUUAACCGUCUUAGCCGAUUUCAUGGGAGCAAUUGGUUCAGGGACGGGAAUAUUGCUUGCCGUAACAAUCAUAUAUCAGUACUUUGAAACUUUUGAGAAGGAGAGAGCCAGUGAACUGGGCUUCUUCGGCCUCUAAGCCCUAGGUCCAUAGAAGAUGUUAGGUGGUGCUGUAGAGAGUCAUGGCAAUUUUGAUGAUUAAAUUCAAAAGAUGCAAGUAGGUUCCACCUUUGUUAACACUCCAUGGACAGAUAUUAUGGUCAAGAUUCUAGUCUUUUGUUUUAGCCCUUUAUUUAUUUGUUUUUACCAUAAAUUGUGAAAGUUAGCAAGCACGCAGAGGCAGAGAAACAGAGUUUUCCAUUUCAGAAUGCAAAUGCAAUGCGAAACCUUGAUUUUAUUUUCC